AAGCAAGCCAGUCAGUGACCAAUCCACCGCCAAGCGCGCCAAGCAGACGGAACCCCUUCCAAGCCAGAGGAGAGCCUUCUCGGCCGCCACCGCGUUCUGCUGCACCCGGUGCACUGCGUUAGCGUUUCGCUCGCGUCGUUUCCUUCUGAGAGAGUGUGCCGGUUUGGACGAUCGACACCGUGCGUCCGGGACCGUCGUGCCACUUUACGGUGUGCCGCCAAACAAACUUACAGUGUACCGAACAAACUCAGAGUGCGCGAAACAAACUGCAGUGAACUGAACAAAGUGAACGAAAGAAACAAACUUACAGUGUACUCAAAACAACGUGCGGACUGCUAAGAGGGACCACGCCAGGAUUUGAAGGUUUAAACAAGAAAGGGCGCGCGUCGGAAUCGAGCUCGUUUUUGAAAUGUCAGCAGGCGGCUGGCGUGCCGGCGACGACGAACGCGCUACCCGCGGAAUGAUCAAGAUGCUGAACAGCCUGGCCAGCUACCUGCUCGGGUACCCGGGCUCUUCGUCCCCCGCGGCGGCGGCGGCCACGUCGCCGAGCCGCGCGGUCGAGGGUGAUGCCACCAUCACCGUCGACGUGCCCAGCGCCGACAGCGCGGCGCUGCCUGGCGUCGAUGUGCGGCUGAGCGCCGUCGAGGCUGACGACGACUGGCUUCUCGUCGACCGGACCGACGAUGACUGCCCCGAGGGCUCGGCCUCGGCCGCGGUCACCGUGCCGGCGGCCACCGCGGCCGCGAGGCUGACGCUGGCCGUCAGCACCACCUCCUACCACUGGCCCGACAGCGACGACGUCGCGGCCGCGUCAAGGCCCCUCGAGGAGUCCUGGUUCGUGACGCCGCCGCCCUGCUUCACCUCGGGCUCGGUGCCACUGGAGACGUCCCCGCUGGAGAACCUGCUCAUCGAGCACCCCAGCAUGUCGGUGUACCACCGGUCCGCCGCGCCCGCGGCCGCCGCCACGCCGCUGUCCAGCUCCGUGGGGGCGUCGCCCCCCGCCAGGUCCCCACAGAGGGGUUCCGCGGCGUCGGCGCACGCCGCCGCGCUGAGGCGGUGCCGCCAAGGACCCGCCAAGCAGGGCAACCAGGGCAGCAAGCAGGCCGCCGUCGCGGCCGAGACUUCGGCCCCGCCAAGAACUGCCUCCCCGUCCGGCGCCUCGAGCCCCGCCUCCGGCCCCUCGGGCGCGGCGGCCGUCGCCGUGGAGCGGGGCGCGCACUCGCCCACGCGGUCCAGCAGCCCCAACCCCGCGCAGACCACGGCGGUGCAGGCCUCGCCCAGAAGGCCCAACGCCUUCUCUCCCUACCAGCAGCAACAGCAGCAGUCUGUCCAGUACCGCACGGCGCAAAAGCUGGUACAACGGGCUGCGUGCCAGCAGCUCAAGCGCGACUCCCUGGAGCGCAACAACAAGGCUCGUGAAAUUCGCUCGUCUCGCAACAAGCGACAGCGCCGCAGUGACCACAUGCAGCACCACUCUGGUGCCAACAAUAACCGCAAGUGCUAGCCCAGAGCACGCGGACCAUGAUCUCAACACAACCACCGAGUGUACGUAAGAAUGUUGCCUCAAAUAGCCCAGGUACUGAUCAUGCAAAACUAUAGUGGCGCCAACUUGUUUCUUUGGAUCAAAGUUAUUGUUGUGAAUAUUUGUUACGUUCUAGUCUUGAGUACAAGCUAAUGACAUGGACAGACCAGAGACCAUGACCCAUCAGCUUAAAUUUACCAAUGGAUCAACUCAUGUGAUUCAUCGUUUUCUGUAUUCCUCUUUCCUUCAUGAGAAGGAGGGUUUUGAAAGCCAGAUCAGUACCUUGUUAUUUGUUACAAACUUGAAAGGGCAGAUGAAAGUGAAUAAUUCAUUAAUCAUUAUAAAACAACAAAAAAAAAAUACAAAUUGCCUUUAUGGUCACUGUGCAGAAUGAAUAGGAAUCUAUUCAAUAAUGUUGUGACUGACUAAUAGGGAAAAAGUUUCAAAAAAGUUGAUUUUUCUUUUUUUGACUUACCAAAAACGGCAUGAUCUUAGAGCUAAUUUUGAAUGGUCAUUUAAUUAAAUGAGAAGGUAACUGGUUCAGGCAAAAUUUUGAAGACAACUUGUUUUGUGCAUGGACCAAUGAAUGUCACAUAACAAAUAAUAUAUUUGAAGCAUCUUUCGAAUAAAGAAAAGAGGACACUUUGGCAGAAAGGAGGGAAAAAGAGGAAAAUACUUCAUGAGGCAAGAAAGCUUUGGCAUAGGCCUUUACCUAAGCUAGAUGCUGAUGAGUAUUCAAUGUCCGAUAGGAACUAAAUGGAUUCCUAAACUUGGGAACCUCUUUACAUUUAAAAUCGACGUUGAUAUCAUACUUUGACUGAACUUCGCGAAAAGUUCAAGAAGAGUAGAAAAACAAGAAAAUUCCCCGGGACGCUCACUAAAUUAUUAUUAGGACUAGCACAUUUUAGCAACUAAGAAACUAAGCUAACCGCUUUGCUAGCCAGUAGAGAGUGACUCACGUGCUCACAACAUUCAUCAUUUUUACAGUACGUUUAGAUAUAAAAUUUGGUGAGUAGCACGAGCGUUUCUAAAAUUUUUAAAACUUACUAAGUGAUUAAGAUUUGGAUUUUUAAGAACUGCUAAUCAAAGCACUACUAAUAUCUUGAGUACAGUUUAAUUUUGCUACAGAGCUAUCAAAGCACAGUAAAUUGUCUCAAGAUAUUUAUCAACACAUGGCAGUUCAACUUUAGGCCUCAUUUCUUCCACUUUUCCCUCUUAAUUUAUGCGAAUUAAUAGAUGAACAGCAAGAUCAGCUUGAAACUAUUCUUUCUCAACCCUUUUGCUUCUCAAGUACACUUGAUAGUGCUUGUGUAACCUCCUGCCUCAAUUGAGGAGUAUUUAUCUUCUUUCUUGUUUUGGUGUGUAUAAGAGAAACUGCAUGAAAAGCAGUGCUAUUUUUUAAUAUGAGUUAUGUAGAACCUAUUUUAUAGUUUUUAAGUUUGCUUUGAUAUACUUGUUUUGUUUUUUAAUUUGUUUAAAAUGCUGGGUACCCAACAGCAGUCCACAAGAGGAAAUUGUAGGAUGUACUGCAACAGUGAUAAUUUGUAAUUUUGACAGCAGUGGUAUUUUAUGGUUUGAAUGAUUUAGAUCCUUAGUAUUUAAGUUUGCCUUGAUACUUUUUUUUUCUUUUAUUUGUUGAAAAUUGCUGGGUACCCAAUGGAGCAGUUCACAAGAGAAAAAUGUAGAAUUUGAACAGGUAUGUAGCUGGAGGAGCUCCCCCUUCAGUUCAAUGUGACAAUGAUAAUUUGUAAUUUUGCCCAACUGAGAAAAGAAUCAAAACCAUGAGUUACAUGGGUUUUGUUCCCCCACCCCCUUGUUUUUUGUUACCUUCAGUAUUGGAAAGCAUGUCAAAGAAUUUUAAUAUGGACCUUGCUGUUAAAAAAAAAGAUGUAGUAUACUAGGUCAUCCAUCUCCUUGCCCAGCAACAGCCAAAAGCCAAAAUACUAGAUCUAGCCUAGCCUGGUUUGUGAUAUCAUUAACUGUCAUUGUAAUUAGCUUUCACAAAGUCCUUCAAACAAAUGAAGGACCAUGUCAUCUCAUUAUGUUUUAUAUAGAUGUAAGCACACCAUUCAAUGUGACAACUUUUCUAUUAAAUGAUUCUACAAGUAAAUCUUUUAAAAGUUGAUAUACCAAAUCUUGCUAUAUAGAAAACUGUCCAGCUGGAGAGUUACAUUCAAAAUCACAAGCAGCAUAUUGGGAAAUAGUCUACCAGUGUGGAUGGCUUAUGUUAUUACAAUAAGAAAAUAUUAAGUCGUAGUACUUAAACAAAAAUAGUCUGAAAAUUACCCUCAAGUCUCACAGUGGUAGGUCCUGUCCCCAUGUGCAAGUGCUUUUGAAUAGAAAUUUUCUCUGGCGCAAAAUGAUUUAUAAGCUCUAUGAGCCUUGACCUUCUGUACAGGGAGUGAAAGAAUGCAAGGAUGCAUGUGUGAAAGAAAAGAGAACAGAGGCAUAAAAUAGCAGCUCAGAAACUGAGAGGUGUUUACUUUUCUGCUUUCAUUACAUUUGUGUUUCAUAACUGGGUACUUAGGACAAAAUGUGAAAAAAAAUGAAGUGUCUGGAUGACGAAACAAAACAGUUUAGAACAUGAAUAGGACAUAGGUUUUAGCCUCUCUAGGUGAGUGAAUGAGUUGUGUUGAUAUUAUGGUGCAUGUAAAUGUUAAAUAAGUCCUGUUUAAUUAUAACACUAAGCAAAGGCUAUGUCAAAGAGAUUUCUCUUGCAUCCACUCCACUUCUGUUUUCAUUUUGUAGCAAUUUUCUUUUAAUUAUCUCAUUUUAAAAAGAAAAUGCCUAAGGUGCGUUAUUUAUAAAUCUAACUUCAAU